CGUAUUCUAGAGAGAGAAAGAAUUUAGAGAGAGAGAGAGAGAGAGAGAGAAUAUAUAUAGUCAGUCGCUUUUUCUUUUUCUCUCGUCCGAAUUUCCCUCAAUUAGCCGCACACAAACCUUUUCCUCUGGAUUUUCCCCCUUUGAUUUUCCAACAAGCAUACUCCAAAAGUUCAAAACCCUUUCUCCGAUUAGGCAAAAAAAUUCUAGCUUGAUUCCUCUUCUUCCCCUAUUCGCCAUGGCGGCCAACACCCCGGCGGCUCUUCUCGAUAAGUGGAGGGAUUAUUUCAGGGGGGCGAAUUCCGAUAUAUUCAGUAUAAUCGAGCACGCGAUCAUUGUCGCCGCUUCCGAUUUCCCCUACGAUUUCAAGUUGAAUCGGGACCGAAUCGCCGAGAUGCUCUUCACUUGCAAAUCCACCAAGUGCUUCGGCUGCGACAGAAUCGAAUUGUCGGUGCCGCCGUGCGCCGCCGUCGGUUCAACCAAAAGCGGCGGCGGCGGCGAUUGCGAUGAUAAUCAGCUCAAAAGUGGGACAACGGAGAGCAAAGUGAACGGCGCUGGGAAUUACGACGAAGACGAUGAUUAUCACAGAGAGGUUAUGGUAAUGAAUGUGAAUCAGAUUAGCGACAACAGUUAUGGAGACGACGACGUCGUUUUACUGACGGAUUUGAUCGAUGAGGAGAAUCAGUUAUUCGAAGAAGUUGUAAGGAUCAAAGAAAUUAUUGAGAGAAGUGAACAAGAGUCUGAUGAAGCGUUGUUCGAUUCACUAAGGAGACUUCAGUUGAUGCGUUUGUCGGUCGAGAUUUUGAAGGUAACGGGGAUUGGAAAAACCGUUAACAGUCUACGGAAGCAUAAAUCGCUGGAAAUUCGGAAUCUUGUUAAGACAUUGGUCAAGGAUUGGAAAAGCAUGGUUGAUGAUGCGUGGGCUGAUGCUAAAGCAGCCACAUCGGAUGUUACAACAGAAUGUGGGAAAACAUCGGCCGUUCAACAAGAGGAAGAAGAAGCAGGGCUUCCAUCUCCCCCGUUGGAUGAAGGAGCUUUCUUUGCUACUCCCACUUCAAUGGAGUUUUCUAAGUUCUUUGAUGGCAUUGAUGAUAAUGGAAAUCCGCAAAACAGUGGGGAAUUCGACAAGAACCGAGAAAAUGGCAGAGAGCGAAGCAUCGAAGAAUCUGUAUUGAACAAACAAGUUCGCCCCGUUAAACCGAGUGGGCCCCACAAUGGAGAAUCUGGUCCAGGUAGACCAAAAGUAGCUUUGCAAUCGAAGGUACAGCAAAAAUCCGAUGGAGACGCAGUGCAGAAGAAACCGGUUCCUAAUCAUCAGCAGGCGAAAUUAAAUUUUAGCAAUGAGGAUUCGGUUCAGACGAAAUUAGAGGGUGCCAAGAGGAAACUACAGGAGCGAUACAUGGAAAUUGCGAACGCCAAGAAGCAGAGAACAAUACAAGUAGUGGAGUUGAACGAUCUCCCGAAGCAGAAUCUUCAGAAGAAGAACCAACAUACGAGGCCUCGCAACAAUAGAUUACGUAAUUGCUGAAUGUAGUUCCAAAUAAUUGUCGAGUUUGACUAUAUUUCGGAUUAAUUUAGUCACGGGAAUUGAUAAUUCCGGUCGAUUGAUCGAUUUUCUUUGGCGGUAUUGUUUAAUUCAGAACAGAUGUAGCAAUUUAUUAGUUGAUAAUUAACUUAAUUGUAACUUAUAACAUAGACAUUUAUGUAAUUACUCAAUAGUGAUUAAUAAGUUUAAUGAAAUUGAGUGAAGAAGUAUUCC